AUGUCGAUUAACAACAUUGUUUUGAAGAACAACUAUGCUAGCCUAUUAGGUUCAAGUGCGUAUGAAACUCCAUUUGAACUUAGUGGCGAUGGCUUGGAGAUAUUAAAGUAUCAUACGUCUACUCCAAGACAAACACUCACAAUUACACAAAAGGAUCAAUCAGAGAAUCACCACUUGAAGGUCACAGCCAAGGAUGGAUUUGUAUACUUGACAAACAAAAGAUUGGUGUUUAUAACUUCUACACAAGGCGAUAUGGACACAUUUCUGAUCGAUCUUAAUUUGGCACCAGUGUUACAAUUGUCUCAUAAAUUACAAGCACCGUGGUUUGGCCCCAACUACUGGGAAUUCAUGUUUUAUAGUGCUGCAGAACCCCAGUUUGCUAGUGAUGGGUUUCCCAAGAACCAAUACUUUAAGGGAGAAAUCAGGUUUCAUGACGGUGGGUUAUUCACAUUUGUGGAUCUACUAAAUAAAGUGGUUCAUGAUUGUGUCAAUAAUCGAGAGAUUGACGAGGAAUUACCGCAAUACUCAGCUUAA